GUUUUUACUGCAUUUUAAUGAUUAUGAUCAUAUAGAUUUAAUCUGACGUAUAGUUAGGAUGGUAUAAAUUAUUAAAGGAGACAUAUAUUGGUGGAAAUAUUUAAAACAUUACAAAGUAUGGCAUUAAAAUGCUAUUCGAUUAAUGAUAUUUUAAUAUUAAAGGAAACACUGUUUAUUUAGUAUUUCAAGAAGGAGGCUGAGGGAUUGAAAAU